ACUGAUAUAUAUAAUAUAGAUACUUAUAAAAUGUAUAAGAUAAGCUUCUUUUUAAUUGUUGUGGUCAACUCAUUUAACGAAGCCCAGAGUUCGAUGCUCAAUGCAGACGCCGAAGCAAGGUGCAUGUCGUGGGCAAUGAAGCGAUUAACAGGAGCUGAAGACGUAAGUCAAAGUGAACAAAAUACAACAAAUAUUCUGGAACGUUUGCCCGACGAAAUGAGUGAAAUUGACAACGUUGGCCCGUAUAGACCAGGAAAGCGUGGCCCUCCUGGAUCAAGUGGCCCACAAGGUCCCCCUGGUUUACCCGGUGUUUGCGAUUGUAUCCCGGAAGAAGUAAUAAUAUUGCAGGAAGAAAACAAAGAUUUGAAAGAAAAAGUUCAACGGAUCAGAAAAACAUCUCCAGAAACGUUUUGCCUACUUGGAAUGAAAGCCUCAACUAUACCUGAUAGUUCUAUUACAGUCUCUUCAAACCCUGAUCAAAAAACGUACAGCAGGUUAGAUUAUCCAUCUCACGGAUGGUAUCCAAGUGCAAACAAUCCAGGUCACGAAUGGAUAAUGACAGACCUUGGUAAAAUUCGACCAGUUACCGGUGUCGUAACACAAGGAAGAUAUAACAGUGAAUAUUGGACGAAACAGUUCCAGGUUGAGCAUAGCCAGAAUGGUUUCAACUUCACUGAUGUCAAAAAGAGUGACGGGAGCGAAAUGGUAUUCUAUGGCAACUCAGAUCGAAGCACGAAAGUUGUCAACAGAUUUCCGAAACCCGUUCUGACAAGAUUUGUUCGAAUUUAUCCCAUGGCCUUCUAUAACGGAAUGUAUAUUCGUUUUGAUGUAAUUGAUUGCUAAAAAAUAUAUAUUGCAUAUUUAUCUUCUACAAUUGAAAAGAAUAAUUAUCUCAUACUUCUCAAAUAAUAUGUCAUAACACCGCCUUGAGACAUUGAUUUCCCUCUGUAUAACUAAUCAUUCACUCAUCUUUGCAUGUUGCAAACUUAAAUAUUUAUAGAUUUCAUCGGGAAUAUAUCUCUGCUACACAUGAAGAGUAUUUCCCAACUAAUUUUUCAUAACACCCUCUAGCUAAACUUUAGAUUCUUGAUGAUUGUAAAAUAAAAAAUUCUCACAAAAACUCAAGUAGCUUAUGCCUAAUAAUAAUAGACCAGAUGAAGGCAUCAAAAUCAAAGAUACGCUGAAUUUGUUUCUGCUGGCAUAGAUCAAAUGUCAUGCUAAGAUAUUUCUUUAUUCAUAGUUUCAUUCUUUAAACAAGGGGUGUGCAAACUACGGCCCGCGUGCCAAAGUCGGCCCACAAGGAAAAAUUGUGCGACCCGCGGAGAAAUGCCAUUUUUGAAUGGUGUGCUCGCAAAACAAGUUUUUAGUUUAGUUAAUCUGGUACGUGCGAGCAAUUCCAAUCCUUUUGCGUCGCAAAGCAUUACAUGAGUGCCACUGUCAUAUAUAUUAACAAAACUAGCUAGCAAAUCCUGUUGUAAAAUACACGAUGUUAUAAAAACGUGUUUAUCACUGAAUUCGUUUAAAGUCGGCGUGACAAUAAAUUUGAAUAGCAGUUUUUUUCGGAAAUUUAUGCGUUUUAAUUCACCUGCAACUACUAGAAACGCUAUCUUAAAUAAAAGUGCGGUCAGCGGCCGCACCCGGAUACUUGUAUCUGGCUCUUUUGUAAAAAAAGGUUGCACACCCCUGCAAGUAGAUUGCCAGUGUUUCUUGUUCUCUGAAUAAAGUAUCGUAUCACAGAA